CCUCUGAUCUUCUUCUUCCUCUGAUUGAAUGACUCUGCGAGAAGGCUUGCCGCUUUUCCAUCAGCAACUCACAGCGUUGUUGAAGAAGAAUCUACUGCUUUCAUGGAGAAACAAGAGAGCUACGUUUCUUCACCUCUUCUCUUCCUUCUUCUUCAUCCUUCUCAUCUUCAGUAUCCAGGAAUCUACAAAGGCGAGCGAGUUAGCCUCGACUGCGCACAGAAACGUCACAGAUCCUAAGGCGUUGGUCUCUCUUCCGAUACCGCCAUGUGAGGAUAAGUUUUACGCGAGACUCCCAUGCCUUGACUUCGUGUGGAGUGGGAACCAGAGCCGUCGUGUGGCUGACAUUGUCUCUGCUAUUAUGGCUAAUAAUCCGGGACGACCAAUCCCCACCAAUAAGGUUCAGUCAUUUGAGAAGCCUGAGGAGGUAGAUGCAUGGUUUAUGUCACAUCCCUUGCAAGUACCAGGAGCUUUGCAUUUCGUGGAAAAGAAUGCUACGGUUAUUAGCUAUGGAAUCCAAACAAAUUCUACUUUGGAGAAAAAACGUGGUCGGAGUGAGGAUCCUACGUUUAAAUUCCUUGUUCCUCUACAAAUCGCUGCAGAGCGUGAAAUCGCAAGGUCUUUAAUUGGAGAUCCAAAGUUUAGUUGGGGUUUUGGAUUUAAGGAAUUUGCGCGUCCAGCUAUUGGUGGUGGAGUAGACUUCUCCGCAUUUUAUCUUAUGGGACCUGUCUUCUUUCUUGCUUUCUCCAUGUUUGGUUUUGUUCUUCAACUCGGUUCCCUUGUUACCGAGAAAGAGCUAAAACUUCGUGAGGCAAUGGCAACGAUGGGUGUUUAUGAUUCUGCAUAUUGGUUGUCAUGGCUCUUGUGGGACGGAAUCCUUACCUUUGUCUCCUCACUCUUCUUGGUCCUCUUCGGAAUGAUGUUCCAGUUUGAUUUUUUCUUGAAGAACAGUUUUGCUGUUGUCUUCCUGCUCUUCUUGCUUUUCCAGUUCAAUAUGAUUGGCCUAGCGUUCGUGCUCUCAUCUUUCAUUAGCAAAUCAUCUUCGGCAACAACUGUUGGUUUCCUUGUCUUCCUUGUUGGUUUUAUAACACAGAUUGUAACAGAGGCUGGAUUCCCUUAUUCACACUCACAGUCGAUUGCUCGCCGUGUGAUUUGGUCAUUCUUUCCACCGAAUACCUUUUCUGCAGGUCUGCAGAGACUUAUUCAGGCAACAUCAUCUCCUGGAGAUUCGGGAAUAAGUUGGAGUGGAAGAGCAAUAUGUACAAAAGAUGAUGAUUGCAUUAUGACAAUUAAUAAAAUCUACAUAUGGCUUACGGGGACAUUCUUUUUCUGGUUUGUAUUGGCUCUCUACCUUGACAAUAUUAUUCCCAAUGCAUCCGGCGUGAGGAAAUCGAUCUUCUACUUUCUAAAACCUAGUUACUGGACUGGAAAAGAAGGCAACAAAGUGGAAGAAGGGAGUGUUUGUAGCUGUAUUGGCUCAGUUCCAUAUGCAGAGCAUAUUACCCCAGAGGACGAAGAUGUGCUUGAAGAGGAGACUAUAGUUAAACAACAAGCAAUUGAUGGAAUAGUUGAUCCUAACAUUGCAGUUCAGAUUCAUGGUCUUGCAAAGACAUAUCCUGGAACAACCAAGCUUGGAUGCUGCAAAUGCAAAAGAACUGCACCCUUUCAUGCUGUAAAGGGUUUGUGGAUGAAUAUUGCCAAAGACCAGUUGUUCUGUCUUCUCGGACCCAAUGGCGCAGGGAAAACAACUACUAUAAGCUGUCUGACUGGCAUAAAUCCAGUUACUGGUGGUGAUGCAAUAAUUUAUGGAAAUUCCAUAAGAAGCUCUGUUGGUAUGUCUAACAUUCGUAAAAUGAUAGGAGUUUGUCCUCAGUUUGAUAUUCUUUGGGAUGCAUUAUCUAGUGAAGAGCACCUCCACCUCUUUGCUAGCAUCAAAGGGUUACAACCAGCAUCGAUCAAAUCGAUUGCAGAGAAGUUACUGGCAGAUGUAAGGCUAACAGGAGCGGCCAAAAUUAGAGCAGGAAGUUACAGUGGUGGAAUGAAACGUCGACUCAGCUUUGCAAUAGCACUCAUUGGUGAUCCCAAGCUGGUGUUUCUAGAUGAACCGACUACUGGUAUGGACCCUAUCACAAGGAGACAUGUGUGGGACAUUAUACAAGAAUCAAAGAAAGGUCGUGCCAUUAUACUAACGACGCAUUCUAUGGAGGAAGCUGAUAUAUUAGGUGACCGAAUCGGGAUCAUGGCUAAAGGCAGGCUCCGCUGCAUGGGAACCUCAAUCAGGUUAAAAUCUCGAUUUGGCACGGGUUUUGUUACUACCGUUAGCUUCCCCGAAAACAAAAAUGAAGGCGCUGGAACUUCAUCCGAGCUAUUGAAAAGAUUCUUCAAGGAGCAUCUGAAAGUUGAGGCGACAGAAGAAAACAAAGCUUUCAUGACCUUUGUUAUCCCCCAUGACAAAGAAAAACUUUUGGCGGGGUUUUUUGCGGAGCUACAAGAUAGAGAAUCUGAAUUUGGUAUCUCAGACAUUCAACUCGGUCUUGCCACCCUUGAAGAAGUGUUUCUGAACAUCGCUAGACGGGCUGAACUAGAAAGUGCAACAGUUGAAGGAACCAUGGUCACUCUCGAGUUAGAAUCAGGCAUCUCAGUCGAGAUACCUGUGGGAGCAAGAUUUGUAGGUAUCCCUGGAACAGAAAACGCAGAAAAUCCUCGAGGAAUAAUGGUAGAAGUGUAUUGGCAACAAGACGGGUCAGGAUCGAUGUGCAUCUCUGGAUACUCGCAGGAGAUGCGGAUCCCAGAGAAUGUCCCAGUGUUAUAUGAACCAUUAUCACAAGUAUUAGGACAUGGGCAGCGACGAGUUCGGGGUAUUGUGAUUGAUUAUGAUUCUAUCAAUUAAUAUUUCCUUCUUAAUUAAUAGGGCAUGCUGUUUGGGAUCUACAAUAUAUGGUCGGUCUAUUUUGUUUACGUACGACGGAGUUUAUAAACAGUCUGUCAGGAAAAAAAAACAACAACCAAGUGACUCUAUAAAAGUUUCUUAUCAUGAAACUUUCAC